AUGAUGUCGUACGCAUUGCAUGAGUACCUGGAGCAGGUGAUGGAAGAAAUGGUUGAUAUGCGAAGCAGCGUGGGUUCCGCAAGCAAAGUUGUUUGCGGCAUUGCAACAGGUAUCGAUGUUGGAGCUAUUGUGGACGGCCGACUAGGGAAUCGUAUCAAGCUUUUGGCUGCAGAGAAUUUACGCGAACAAAUUGAGAAAGAAUGUGCUGGCGUCUUCCAACAAUUGCGCAAAAAGGUGGACCGUAGCAAACUGAACCAGGACGAACAGGAUGAAGCGGAAAUGGACGUUGAGGAGCUGACUGUGAAGGACCUGAAAGAGCGUCUUUUGCAAAAAGAUAAGGAGAGAGCGGUGAAGGUAGUUGGUCGUGUUAACGAAAGUAUUUUGAUGAAGUACGCUCUACGAGUGGCCGACAAUCAAGUGACCCCAGAGGACGCCAACUACUAG